UGCGGGAGAGGCUGGGGACCGAAGUGCAGGUGAGUCGGCAGAUGAAGCAGAAAGGGCAUCAUCACAAGCAGAGGAAAGGGCGAGGAGGUGCCCUGGAGGCCGCAUUGCAUGGACUGAUCUUGGAGCUGAGUGCUGGGAGGCCCCACAGGACAGGAAGGCAAGCAGGCAUCAGCGGUGGCUGACAUUCUAAGUGCCCGCUCCACGGCCCACACAGGGCAGUGACAUGGCUCUAUUCAGUCUGCCCACCCUGCUGGUGGUUUACGUGGCUUUCCUGCUGUUCAUCUUUGCGUGGAGAAGAGGAAACACUCGUGGGCUUUUGCUGCCACCUGGCCCUCCUCCUCUUCCCAUCAUUGGCAAUAUCCUGCAGGUGAAACUUUGGGACCUGCCCACCUCUCUCUCCAGGCUGGCUGAGCAGCACGGCCCUGUGUACUCGCUGCGUCUGGGCCCCCAUCCAAUCGUUGUGCUUCAUGGACUCCAGGCCCUGAAGGAUGCCCUGUGUGGUCAGGCGGUCAACUUCGGAGGCAGAGGGAGGCUCCCCAUCAUGGAUAAUGCCCUCAGAGUAUACAGACUUUCAUUCAGCCAUGGCAGGCGGUGGGAGCAAAUGCACCAGUUCACUCUCACGACGCUGCGGAACUUUGGGAUGGGGAAGAGGAGCAUGGAGGAGCGCGUCCAGAAGGAAGCCCAGCACCUGGUGCGGGCCCUCGCACAGACAGAGGCUCAGCCUGUGGACCCUGCCUUCAUCCUCGUGUGUGCUCCCUGCAACAUUAUCUGCUCCAUCCUCUUUAACGAGCACUUCGACUACCACGACGAGGAAUUCCUGAAGCUGAUUAGGUUACUGAAUGAAAACCUUUCCAUAUUGAGCUCUUUCUGGGUGCAGCUCUACAGUUUGUGGCCAUCGUUCAUUCACUAUCUUCCUGGGAGACACCAGAAAGUUUUUAAAAACAUUCAGAAUAUAAUGGAUUUCAUUUUGGAGAGAGUAGCACAGCACCAAAGGACCCCGAAGCCUGUGCAGCCCCGGGACUACACCGACUGCUUCAUCGAAAGGAUGGAGGAGGAAAAACACGAUUCAUAUUCUGAAUUUAAUUCGGAGAACCUAGCAGCUGUUAGCUUAAAUCUGUUCAGCGCUGGCACUGAGACAGUCAGCAGGACACUGUGGCUGGCACUGCUGACCCUGCUGAAACACCCAGAGGUGGAAAGCAGAGUUCACGAGGAAAUUGACAGAGUGGUGGGCCGGGACCGGGUCCCCUGCAUGAAGGACAGAGCCCAGAUGCCCUACACAGAUGCCGUGGUGCAUGAGGUCCAGAGAUGCAUCAAUCUCGUCCCCUCCAAUCUGCCUCAUGUUGUGAUUCAGGAAACCAAAUUCAGACAGUUCUUCCUUCCUAAGGGCACAACUGUGUUCCCAUUGCUCUCCUCUGUCUUGUAUGACAGUAAAGAGUUUGCGAACCCACAAAGGUUUGACCCGAACCAUUUUCUGGAUAAAAAUGGAAACUUUCGGAAGAGUGACUUCUUCAUCCCCUUCUCUAUUGGAAAAUGGGCAUGUCUUGGAGAAGGUCUUGCACGAAUGGAGAUAUUUUUAUUCCUGACCACCACUCUGCAAAAUUUUACCUUAAAGCCUGUUGUUGAUCAAAGGGAACUGAGCACUGACCCAGUCUAUAAUGGGUUAUUGAGAAUUAUUCCAGCUUCCAAACUCUGCUUCUUACCCAGACCAAAAUAAACAAGAGGAAAGGAGGAGAGUCAAUCAAGCAAAAUCUCUUUCUACGCAUGGGCGUUAGCACCACAGGUUAAAAAACCCUACAAGAUAUAUUUCCUUAAUGCAAUCAGAGCUCACAUAGAAUAGAUGUUCAUUGGAUAUUAAGUAAUUGCUGGUGUAAACAACUUCAGUCCUAUUUAUGACAAAUCACGAUUGGGUGUGAACCUCGUUCACAAGUCUCUUUAUAACAUGGAAGAUAUUCCCUGGCAUGAGUGCACUUCACCAAGGGAAAGCUAUUAGGAAAAUGUGAUUUCUGCUUCCACCAAGAAUGUAGAAACUAAUGAGUAUUACCCUAAUGACAAGAAAGAGCCAGACAAACCACAGGUCAAACUUUCCUUACCCUCACAGAGCUAUGAAGCAGCCUAAAAUCCUUGGAGGGACAGAGCCCUCUAAAGGGGAGCAGGGAGGAAGCCAUAAUGUGGACAGGAAGAAGUCUGCCCAAAUGCUAAUGAAUUGCCAGAGCCCAAGUUUGGGCUAGAAUGCUGGGUGGCUUGGACAGGAAAGGGAGGGGGCUUUCAUUCUCUUGCCAGAAGCUUACAAGAAAGAUGAGGUCAGGCAAAGCUAAGGAAGAGUGCUCUAAGUGAUGCAGAUAUGCAAGAGGGACUGAGCUGUGUGGAUCUGGCGUGAAACCACCACCUACCUAACGCUUCUUCCUCAAGAUGCCGAAGUUGUGAGGAAAGGUGCAGGCAAUGACCCAGUGCUCCUGGAGACAGAUAGAAGCAAAAGCCCUGUGCCCUUGAGGGCAGGGCAGGAAGACUUGCUGGGCCCAGGAUGCUAUACUGAAACCAAGCCCUGAGGGAGAGCGAGUUGUGUGGCAGGCAUCUUACGCCCGAGCAGCAUGGGCACCAGAGGGAAGAGGGACAGGAACACCCUGCCCAGGUGCAAAAGCGUGCACAGGGCUGAGAUGGAUUAGAACACAGAGGAUUGUCUGCCCCUCACUAUGAGCCCAGAACCUGUAACAAGCAGCCAUCCACGACAGGAGAGACGCAAGAACAAUGGAGAAGGUCGGACCUGGCACAAGCAAGCUGCAGUGGCUGAAAGCUAAGUAUGGACACUAAACCUGAACUAAAGGCAUCCCAACACCCCAGCCUUGUGCCCUAUGCCCAAGGUGGUGAAAUGACUCUCCUGCAGGAAUUUGAAGUCUUGGCACAAAAGAAGUAAUGCUAACAACAAAUACCAAAUUUAGCUCAACUCUUGUCUGGAUUGUUUCAACUUUCCACAUCAAUGGCUUGACAGAGUAAGAGUCAUGCCCAUUUCCAGGAUAAUUACUAUUUACCUCAGUUUUUCCUGUUCCACGCAUGAUGCUCAGCAUUGAAUUUAAAGAAAUUAUACACACAAAAUAGCAAGGAAAAGACUAUGACACUCAAAAGACAAAUCAAUAGGACCGGUUCAGAAAUGACAGAGAUGUUGGAACUCUUAGACAAGGACCUUAAAACCAAAGAUCUAGUGGAAAGUGGAAAGCAUGCAUGAGAAGAUGGAAGAGCAGUGAUGGGAAAUAUAAAAUCAGAAUCAAGUGGAAAUGCUAGAAAUAAACAUCCUGACAUCAGCAAUGAAAAUCCUUGAUGGUCUCAUCAGUUGCCCCAGUGGGGGAGAGACUUGUGGUUAAUGCCAGGUAUGCUCUUUCUAAGAAUACCAUAUCAUUAUCCAAGUCCCCAUACUUAAUGUCU